UAUCCCUCUUUCCUUCUCUUUCCCUGGCUGUGGCUGCUCCUUCUGGAUCUCUCCUCGGCUGAAAGUUCUGGAAAAUCUUCACAGCGGCUGGACGACUUCAUAAAGACCCCAGACCAGUGCAGGACGGUGCAUAUAAACAACAACAACAACAAAAAAGAGAGAGUCCAGCGAUUAAAAGUCAAGUGGAAUAUCAAACAGGCCAACAUGGCUCUACUGUGUUACAACAGAGGCUGCGGGGAUCGAUUUGAUGCAGACAAAAACACAGAUGAUGCCUGUCUGUUUCACCCAGGAGUGCCAAUCUUCCACGACGCCUUAAAGGGCUGGUCGUGCUGUAAAAAGCGGACGACAGAUUUCUCGGAGUUCCUGUCCAUCAAGGGCUGCACCCGCGGGCGCCACAGUAAUGAGAAGCCAGAGGAGCCUCUGCGGCCCGAGGUCACGUCUGAGAAAGGAGACAUGAAGCAGCACAGCACAGCAGAGGAGAUCAUCUACCAGGGGCCCAAAUCUGCAGAGGCCCUGGAAAAAGAGAGACCCAGCUCAGAUGAGCCCAAGACAAAGCUGCAGGUGAAGAUCUCUCCAUCUCUGACUCAGAUCAUGGAGAAAAUGGAGAUCAGUGAGAGAGAGAAGAGAGAGAAGCUCGAGAAUCAAGCUCUUGUGGUUGGGGUUAAGUGCAAAAACACAGGAUGCAGAAAGUCUUACGAAGGUCCAGAGACCAAUGCAGAGAUCUGCAUAUAUCAUCCAGGAGUUCCUGUUUUUCAUGAAGGAUACAAAUAUUGGAACUGCUGCUGUAUAAAAACCACCGACUUCAACGCCUUCCUGGACCAGAAGGGCUGCACAUCUGGAAAGCACUGCUGGAUCCCCAAACAGGAUAAAAAGAAGGUGGCCUGUCGGCACGAUUGGCAUCAGACGGGGAACCAGGUUGUGGUCACGAUCUACGCCAAAAACUGCAAUCCAGAUCAUUCCUAUGUGGAGGCCAACCGCACUGUGUUGACCUGCCACAUUCAGUUUGAGGGCGACAAAGUGUUUCAUAAGGACAUCCAUUUAUGGGGGGUGAUUGACAUAAAGAGCAGUUUUGUGAACAUGGUGCCAUCUAAGGUUGAGGUGAGCAUGAGGAAGGCCGAUGCUGUAGCCUGGGGAAAACUGGAGGACCCCAAACACAAACCUGAGCCGGAGCUCACCGACAACAUGAACAGCGCAGAGCAGGAGGAGGUCAAGCCCCAGUGGGACAUUUCAGACGAUGACAUCAGCGAGUCUGACUGGGAGGACGAAGAGGAGGAGGAGGAGAAAAAAGAAGAAAAACAGAAGGAAGAUGCUGAGAAUGGACCGCCUGAGCUAGAGGAGCCUGCUGAUGUCAAACAAGAGAAAUGAACAUUCAUGCUGGAGUGUUGUGUUUACAAGCACAUAGGGGAUUUAUACUAAUGCCUUCAGGUAUGUCAGGUUUUUUUCACACUUUUUUUUUCACAGUUGUGUUUGCGAAAAUCUUUUGUCUAUGAUUGUGUGUUAAAGGUUGAAGAAGUCUUAAAAUACUUUUUCUUUCAAUUCUGCUGUUUCAUUGAGAUUUUUGAAAAUAAAUUCAUUUCUAUUAUGAAGUAGGAGGGAGAAAUUUAUAUUAGUAUAAGAUUUUUUGAAAGAAUUCUCACACAGUAAGGCUGCAUUUAUUUAGUCAGAAUUACAGUAAAGCAAUAAUAUUAAUUACAGCAGGUUUUGUCACAUGAGACUUCAGAAAUCAUCGUCAUGUGAUUUUCUUUGUAAUUUGGUGCAUAAGAAACAUUCAAGAAGCAGGAUUAUUUAAUGGAACUGGACUGGAAAUAAAAGUUUUCUGGUUACACUUCAAAA